CCAGGCGAGAGGAUGAGGGAGUCGCCAUAACUGAGUGUGUUGGACUGCAGUGCGUUGUGGUCGACCUGAGGCGGGUUUAAAUGCGCCGAGGAGUGUGUUAGCUGCCCGCCGAGUGCGUCGAGGAUCCCCCCAGUGCCAGAAAGCGCGGCGGGGCGGGAGUUGAGGGGCGGAGCAGUGAGUGUUGUGGAGUGUUGGAGUGUGGAGCCGAUGAGGACCUCGGCGAUAAGGCCUGUCUUGUGACGAGCGGAGAGGCGCGCACGGCGAGCUCUCCCAGUGAUUCACUACUGUGUGUGUUGUAUUUGUGGUGAUCCUCGCCGACUACAACAUCCUUCAAAAUUUCGCUCUACUUCGGUCCAUAUGAACCCUACCGGAACAUACAACUGCUGGACUCGUGCAGGGCAUACCAAAGGGGGAAGCAUGGCGUGCAGAUGACAGGGGCUGGCGUGAAGGCCGAUGGUGGUGAUGACUACAGGCGGACGGUGACGGCACCCGGGGGUCGUGGCCGCUACUACCUCCGCCCAGAUUACCCCCACCACGACCCUCACCCGCCCCGCCAUGACUACCCGCCCCGGGACUACCUGCCGGAGAAGCUUGAAGACCUGUACCCGCGGCACAAGGAGGACUUCUACAGCCAUCGGCCCAAGGAGCGCGAUGACCUGGCUGCCGGCUACGGCCCGCCCACCCCCGACGAGCCCUUCACCCGCACGCCCUCCGCCCGCGGCUCCAGGAUGCCCCAGGACCGCUUCUCCAGGAUGUCUGACUACCCGCCGCCGCCGCCCACCCCCGAAGCGCGCGGUACCUACAGCGUGGGCGGCGGAGAAAGGAUGUCACGUCUGAUAGAGCUGUGCAACACCCUGGAUGGGCGGGGCGGGGCUGGUGGGGCGGGAGGGGUGGGCGGCGGGGCCGGCGCCGGCGGCGGCGGAGGGGCGGCGGUGGGCGUUGGAACCAUGGGCGUGGCCACCGGGUCCCGCUCCCACCACGACCUUUACGGCUCCCUGGACGGCCGCACCUCGAGGCUCUCCGACAUCUUCCCCACCAGCGAGGCCGCCAGGCUGCGGCAGUCCACCGACUACCGACAAGCCGACGAAACUCGCUCCCUCUCGGGGCGCGAGGGCGUACUGGAGAUGUGCCGCCGCCGGGAGCUGCCGCCCGCGCCUCCCGAGUACCGACUCCACGAUUACCGACUGAGACACGACUUCCGGGGACCGCCCAAGCCCCAGCCGCCGCACGACCAAGACGUGAUCGAGAACCCGAUGUACGAUGUGGAGCGGCGGGGCGCGCCGGGCCCCCCGCGCACCCCUGGCCCCGGAGCCCGCCCCUCCUCCGCCGCGCCCACCACGCCCACGCCUCAGGCUCACCACCAGCACCAUCCCCACCACCCAGCCCACCCGCCCCACGCCCACACCCCCGCCCACCAGCCCCAGCACGCCCACCACCACCAGGCUCUGCAGCAACAGAUGCAGCAGCAACAGAUGCAACAGCAACAACAGCAACAACAACUCCAGCAGCAACAACAACAGCAACAGUUGCACCCUGGCCAACCCCACCCGGUGGCCGCCACCCACCUGCAGUCCCACCCCGGACCCACCCACCCUGGGCCGGUCCACGGCGGUCCCACCCACGCGGCCCCGGGCCACAGCGGCCCUGGCCGGCCCGAGGCCCCGGGUGACAGACCGGAGGGACGCUACACGGCCGUCAUCGCCCGCCAGGAGGACGCCCUCAGGUACGUGUCUCGCUGCCCCGCCCUCCACCAUGCUCCCAGCCAACAAGAAGGUCCCAGGCGGAUGGUGCCGACUGGGCGGACAGAUGGCCAGCGGACAGUCAACGCCCCAGCUACCACCCUUGGCCCCUCCCUGCCCUCUGCAGCCGUCACCAGGCAGCAUGGCCAGCCCCAAGCCCAUCCCCCACCCAACCAGCACCAGCACCAGCACCAGUUCUCCCCACCAGCUCAUCCCCAGAGCAUGUCAAGCGCCUCAGCCCCCAACACCAUGACCACCUCCACCACCACCACCAUCGCCACCUCUGCUGCCCCCAAGCAACCUCCUACCCUCUCCAGAAGCCUGUCCCGGAAGGAGCAGGUCAAAGCGUAUGUGAAGAAAGAAACCAAAGAAUUCUUUGGACUAGAUGAGACCUCUGAAGAUAAUCAGAGACAACGCUGGCAAGACAAGCGGAAACGUUUGGCCAGCCGCAAGUAUGGCCAGCUCAAGGACCAGACCAACACUACCCACCACACACAGUCUUUCACCAGUGACUUCCAUGCCUUAUCAGAGCUUCGGGAGGGAUUGGGCAGUGGUUUGUUGGACUCGGUGGAUGCGACAACGUGGCCUCAGCUGCCUUACCCCGGGAAGGACUCCGUCGCCAAGAUGACCUGGGAUGGCAUCUCCUUUGCGGUGUCGACGGUUGCAAAGAGGAGAGCCAAGAGUCAAAUCUCAGGUACGGCAGGUGGGCGAUCCAAGAGCCGGAGUUAUGCCCCCUCGUCCAUGUCUGUCCCAGACGAGGUGUUUGAUGAGCCAGACAUCUCCCCCACCACCACCGCAACCACUACCACCACCACCACUGCUGCCACCAUGCGCCCCACUCCCCCUGUUGACCACUACAAUAUGGAGUCACUCUCCAAUGAAGUGUUCUUUGACAGCAAGGUUUCGGGGAGCCCUGAGGUAGGAGCUGGCACCUCUAGUUACGACAGUAGUAAAGAAGUAUCAGGAGCAAGGUACCACCCAAGUGUUCAAAGUGAGAGGCAGCAGAAGCAGUUCCAGGUUUCGGACUCUGUUGAUGCCAGUGGGCGGUCUAGUGCUCAUAUUGGUCGCUCGCGCAUCUGGAAUCGAAUCCUGGACAGCUGCUUUGACAACUCCGAUCGAAGACAAUACGGCAGAGGACUGUUGGGCAGAGCCUUUGGGCGAAGAUUCAGGGAAAGUGUCAGACAAGAAAAGGAUGUGAGGAAACAGCUGGAUGAGAUGAAUGACUACCGGCCAUACUUCACGUGGUGGGUCACGACUGUCCAGGUGGUGAUCCUGCUGCUCUCCAUCAUGUGCUACGGCCGUGCUCCCUUCGGCUUCUCUAUUAGUCAGCAGAAGGGACAGGUCCUGAUGGCCAGCUUAUCAAUACAGACUGUGGAUUACUGGGAACCUUCAAAUUUCUGGCUUGGUCCACGAGCAGCUGACCUCAUACAUUUGGGUGCCAAGUUUGCUCCCUGCAUGAGGAAAGACGAGAAAAUCUUCCGGCAUGUGGAGGAGCAGCGGCGGGCAGAGCGUGAGACCGGAUGCUGCAUACGAAACGAUGACUCCGGCUGUGUACAGUCAUCGCGGAGGGAGUGUUCGCCCCUCGGUUCAGGAGACAUGGAAUCGAACCGAUUGUCGGUGUGGAAGAAGUGGAGCGAGCUGGCGAAGGGCCCAGAUGGCAGGCUAUCUGGCUCUGUGUGUGGCCAGGACCCCAAUUACUGCAAAGAGCCGGCAUCUAUCCCUCCACAUGAGUGGCCAGACGACAUAACACGCUGGCCAAUCUGUCGGAAGAGGAUAGCGGCGGAAAAGAAAAUUCAUGCAGCGGAGCACAUGGCGUGUGAGGUCAUUGGUCACCCGUGCUGCAUAGGGAUCCACGGGGAAUGUCGGAUUACCACGCGGGAGUAUUGUAAUUUUGUGCGCGGCUACUUCCAUGAAGAGGCCACACUCUGCUCUCAGGUGUCCUGCUUGAACAACGUGUGUGGGAUGAUACCCUUUCACAACCCUGAUGUUCCAGACCAGUUUUAUAGAUUGUGGACAUCGCUAUUUAUUCAUGCAGGAUUCAUCCAUUUGAAAAUCACAAUAGUGCUCCAAUACCUGCUGAUGCGGGACAUGGAGAAGCUUGCCGGCCCCGUGCGCAUCGGAAUCAUCUACAUUGUGUCGGGCAUCGCUGGCAAUCUGGCCUCGGCCAUUUUUGUCCCGUAUCGGGCUGAAGUUGGUCCCUCGGGCUCCCAGUUUGGACUGCUGGCAUGUGUGUAUGUGGAAUUCAUCAACUCAUGGCAGAUGAUAAAGAACCCAUGGAAGGUGCUGGCCAAACUGGUGGCCUGGACAUUGACUUUCUUCCUGGUGGGGCUCUUACCGUGGGUGGACAACUAUGCCCACAUAUUUGGCUUCAUCUUCGGGUUCCUGCUCUCUUAUGCACUGCUGCCGUUUGUGUCGUUUGGUCCGUACGACAGACGGAGGAAGGUGUUGCUCAUCUGGGUGUGUCUGGUGGCCGUGGUGGUGAUGCUCACAGCGCUUAUAAUACUCUUCUACGUCACGCCCAUAUAUGAGUGCAAGAUCUGCGAAUACCUUAACUGCAUCCCUCUGACUCGAGACUUCUGUGCAGAACAGAACAUCGAUUUCAACAAGAAGUUGGAUAUUUGAGAGGCUGAUGCCCCCUCAUCCAGGCGGCUCUGCUGUCAGUCAACGGUCACCGACGUGCCAACAUUUCUAGUAAUUUAACCAGUGUAAUUAUUACUGUGUGUUAUACAAGUGAUCACCGCUGUUAUGGUCAUUUUCUAGUUUCAUACUCGGGGAAUAUGGGGUACACCACCGCCUAUUUUGGCCACAUGUGUUAUGAGGCUGGCCAAGUUCUGGCCAAAGAAACAGGUUGGUAUUGACAAGUUGUGAACAAGAUCCUCAUACAUGCCUUGAACCAUUGUAUAUAUAUACAUGCAUACAUUUACCUCCCAGUAUGCCCAGUAGUUGCCUUUUAAAUCCAUAAAGAACAUUGCUAUUUUGGCUCUAAAGUGCAUCUGGAAACCUCAUACUACAUCCUACAAUGCCUGUUUUGUAAUAAAUUAUGUAGAUGGAUGGAAAAAAACAAAUCAGCACAUGGUAAUGUUCCUAGAUAUAUAAGUACUUCUGAGGAGAUAAAUCAUAUUUAAUAUUCAGUGCAUAGCAGAUUCAGGACUUACUUUUUGAAAUGGAAAAUUGUAUUGAUCAUGAAAUAUAAGUUCCAGCACUGACAACAUAUCUUGUUCACAAUUAGUGUUGAUACCAGCUUGUUGAGAGCCUAUCGUGGUAUUGUGACAUUAAUGGUCACCAGAACACAGAGGACUGAGGACACACAAACAGUUGUACCAAGAGUUCUGGGCCACAAUUCUGGAACGCCACAAGACCCAGCAACAAGACCUGGUGGGCCUCUCGAGGCACCCAUGUGUUAGUCUGCAGAAAUCUCCGCUCAAACCCCUCAAAGACAAACCCACAGUGGACUUCCAUAAUUGUGGUCCAUCUAACAAAAUGGAGAGUGAAAGAUGCAAAAAAUCCUCAUUCUUAUACCUGAUAUUAUUAUCGUUAUUAUGAUUCUGAUUGUAUGUGAAAAGUUAAGUGUAGGUUAGGAUACCCACUGAUUUUCCCCAUAAUUGAGCCCCAUAUGCAUAGUGUUAAGAUAAUUGGACACCACAUCCUUAUUUCCCUCUUUUUUAGAGGUGACCCAGGCAGGGGUAACUCUGAGCCACCAUGUUCUCUCACUCUCCACUCUGGCAAGUGUGACUCAAGGGAGGGUCUCCAGGGGCACAGUCAGUCACUUUCACUUCCAUUUAUCUCGUCCUACUCUUGUGUCGUCACCAGCUUGUGCCGGGUUCUGAGGAAGGUGGGUGGGAGGGGGUGGGAGCAAACUGUCAGUGGGUGUGAAAAAUAUCAUGGAUGAGUGUGCCACCAAGGUGCCAGGUGUGUGUUUGGAAGGUGAAAAUUUGUUAGUGACUUGUGGAGCAGCAGUGCAGAUGGUGAUGGCUGAAUGCCUUGUUCUACUUUGGUUAGUAUUGUAAUUACAGGGAUGCAUGUGCUGCCUGUGGUGCUCACAAUUUCCAGGCAUUAAUAAAUUGAAGCAAAAUUUGUAUCGGUGGCUACAAGGAAGAUCUCAUGUGAUGGGGUUUCCUUUACUGAAAGACAUAUGUAUUGUUACUGGAAGUAGCAUUUUUGUGUGUGUGCAUCUGCAUAAUUCACUUUGUUAAUUAUAAGCUUAAAAGUCAAAGUAAGGCAUCCAAAGUGAUUGUUGGUGACAAAAUUAUACGCAUACUUGUUUUAGGAUAAGAUAAACAAGGAGUUUCGUAUGAUUUUCUUUCUUUUUACAAUUAAAUCAUAAUGGAGAUAGGCAUGGUACUCAGGGGUAACAGGGGUGGGUCAGUCAUGCCAGAGGUCAUGCAGCACAGGGGAAGGCAGGGUGUGUGUCACGUGGCAUGUUGGGGAGAAGAGAGAGAAAGAGAGUCACAGUACAGUACACACAGUAGAUGGGAGGCUCAUGGAGUGCAUGGGGACACGAGAGGUUCACACAACAUGGGAGGAGUCUGGGGUAAAUGGUACAGGAGGAGCUCAUUCAUUGGGUUGUGUGGAAGUCAUGGAGUGCAGGAAGACAUCACACAAAUUUAUCACACAGUGCUUAAGGAGAUCUGUCAUUACUUGGGAAAGUAUUUGGUAAGUGGAUCACAGUACAUGGGAAGUAAUCAAUGUGUAACACGGGACACAUCACCAGGGAGAGGGUCACGUCACAACACACACAGGUCUUUGUCACAUCACAGGACACGGGUACACGGACCGUCACUUGGUCACACUACACACCACACACUGACAGCAUGAAUGACAUUUCUACAGACAAGGAAUGCACAGUUUAAUCAUUAAGGAGGGUGGAAUACACUUGGGCACAAUUGAUCCGCAAGAGAAAGUUGAGAGACUUGACACAUAGCAAGAGACUCCUCCACCAAGGUAACUGGCGGCCCCUGGGGAAAGCUGUAGUAGAUUGGGGAACCCUCAAGCUGAACCCACAGUGUUGUCAAAAUGAACAACUCACAGCUAUGUAUAAUGUUCAGAUUAAAUAAAAAAAAAAUGGUAAGUGGAAUGUGACUGUGUGUACAGUUAUAUCAUGUAGGCAUACAAACUGAACUGCUUAAGAAUCUUUUGAGGACAAUGAAGAAAAGGCAUAUGUUGUAGAUACGCUGGAUUGCUGUGACUAAUCAGCUGGACUGUAAUGUCAGAAGUAUCUCAUAUUGAGGGAGUGUGCAGGCUUAUUAUUGUCUUCAAAAUAUUCUUGGUCACUGAGUCCAUACUGCACUUUCUACUUAUCACAUGGUCAUUGUUUUUCACCUAAGCAUGCUGCCAGUGGCAUAUAACUGGUAUAUUGUUGGUAAAUAAUUCAUGUAACGCCCCUCUCAAGUAUCAUGGAGCUACAUUGUCACAGAUAUAAGUAGUUUCAUGUGGUCAUAACUUCAUCAUGUAAUUUUUCAUCUCACUUAGACUAAUGAUUUGUAUGAAAAAUGUGUUGUUAGGAUGAUCUCAUACAAUAAUUUACAACUCAUUUCAUAAUGUCUGUUCUGGAUAUUUGUGUGGGGGCCGAGAGUGUGACGAGGAGUGGACAGGAGGUCACACACUUGUAGGAGGGUCACAAAUGGGUCAGCUGAGUGUGUUAAUGGUUGACUGAGCCAGCAGCAAUUUGAGGAUGUUACACCACAGUCCUAGAUAAGAACAGAGCAACUUAUAUUGGUGAUGCAGUUUAACCCUGAAAUGACAGCUGACACACACUCUCUCUCUCUCUCUCUCUCUCUCUCUCUCUCUCUCUCUCUCUCUCUCUCUCUCUCUCUCUCUCUCUCUCUCUCUCUCUCUCUCUCUUCAGUAUACAAGAAUUGGUUAACUUUUUUUAAUUUUCCUGGAACAAACAAUGAUAUUUAUAGCUGCAUUUGUUUUUAGAAUUUUUCUGCUAUUUAUCACAGAAGCCCCUCACUUUCCAUGAUUGCUCCCUUUUCUCUGGAAAAUAGUAAACAAAAAUUAAUGUUGGUAAUGAUACAAGCAGCGAAGGCCUCCACCUGUGAAUGUAAGUCUUGUCAAACUUCUUGGUGGCUUCAACACAGCAACAACAUGCUUUUGUGUUGCUUAGAGCAAUGUAUACAUGGACUACAAUAAUCUGUCUGGCACACCAAAUCAAAAUGUGUAUUCAGCCUACAUGUUCCUUUAAAAUUUCAAGCAUGUGGUGGUCACUGCAAUCAAAACCCCAAAGAAAACACAAAAACUUUGUUGUUGCAUGAUGACUGUUGUUGAAGGGUUAAACACUUUGGUACUGCAAUGUUUUGACUGUUUUGUUUGUUGCUUACAACUGCAAAGUUAAUUGUUACAUGGAGGUUCAAUAUUUUAUUAUUAUUAUUAUUAUUAAUGGGUAAAUAAAUUAAUCGUAGUUUCCUGAGCACAAUUCAAAGUAAUAUAACAAACGUUAAAAAACAUCAUAUAGAUUUUGUGACAACUUUAACAGAGAGGAGAGGUAGUACGGUGCCAAGUGAGAUUUGUAUCAUGUUGAUCGUGACGAAAACUGUUUUCUCUUUGCGUGUAGUGAUGUGAAACAGUCACACCAUUCCUCCAUACAACAUGCUGGCCACAUUUGUGACUCCUGAUGGUGAGGCCUGAGCUGUUGUAGCAUGUAAGACUGAUGUGUGUGUUUGGCAGAAGACCUGUGACCAGCCCUUGCUCAGUAGUUGACUGCCAUGUUGUAAACAGUCAACUUGUGGCAAACUUAGGGAACCUUCUCUUCUGCUAAGCCUUCUGAUAUGUACUUGAGUAUGUGUUUGUCCCCUUUUAUGUUUAGCCAGUGCAGUGAAGAAACUUCCAAAUUAACUGUGAUUUGUAGAGAAGGAUAUUUUUGUUAUAGGUUACAGCUACUUUUCACAAAUUUAUGUUAAUACUUCUUCAUUUCUUGAUUUUUUUUUCCUUGCAUGUAUCCAUUGUUGUCACCAUAUAUCCUUUUGGUAUAUGUUGGAUAAUUCAGAGCUCCUUCAAUUGAAUCCAGUCUAUUUUAUAAGAAUAAGUCAGUUAUGACAAACUAACUACAUCAUAAUCAGUUUGCCCUGUGUACAGGCACCCCACACCUUGUCUAUCCUUUCUCCCAUAUAUCCAUGUUUCCCUUUGCCCUUCCCAUACCCCGUCUUUUAUUGCUGGUUCCUUACUACUUUUUCUCUUUAUUCUUUUCUGCUUUCCCUUUUAGCUUGUGGGAUAACCCAUUACUUUCCCUAGUCAUCUAAAAAAUGUACGAGUUUAUUCACUUGGCUGAGGCAGCAGUGUUGAUGAUGUGAAUAUAUCCUUGCCUGAUCAGGGGAGGAGAUAUUCUUAAUUUGCUUCAACAAGUUAAAUUGGUGCAGUUGCAUAGUAGUCCUCAGCAAUGGCUAAUAUGAGCUGUGGUGAACACAAGAUCAUGGAACAUGUUUUCAGGACCAUCAUUCAUCUGUUACCAGAGUCUGAUUUGUAGCUGUUCAGGUUUCUCAAGAUAAAGAAGCUAAGCACCCUUUGAAUAAGACCAGAACUGGCAUGUGGCCACCUGAAAUACCCACUCACUAUUUACCUCUAUAUUUUUGGUAACAUUUAUGGUGAAAAGGAAAUUCCUAAUCCUGCCAUUUGUUUCUUGAAAGGUAUUGCCAUGUAAUACAUCCAUCACAUCCAUCUUCCUCUCAUCUUUUGAUGUCUUAAUGAUAAAGUGACAGCCAGAGUGCCAGCCACUGACAAAAAUCCCAUCUUCAUGUUAUUGUCUCCCUUGGUUUUGAUCAACAAAAUCCUCAAGUCAGCAGCAAAUUGCACAGUUAUAGGAUGGUAUGACCAGAUGUUAGCCAGUCAUGAUCACAGUCCCUGUUCACACAGCUCAGGAAGAAAAGGGGAGACCUUUGUGAUACACAUGUCAUAUCAAGCAUAGCAGUUACAGCUUGAAAUUUUGUAUUUCAUCAUCCGACAUUAAUUAGUCACACUGAACAGUCUAAUUUCUUGAUAAGUAACAGAUGAAUGACUGGAAAUAUUGGGCUACCAAUGUUAGCUAUGUCAGAGGAUAGUGAAAUUCUUUUUGAAGUCCUACAUUUUGCAUGAUUUAUCUGCAUUUGUUUCUUUAAAGAUGAGCAAGUACUAAGGCACACACAAGGCAGAGCUGUGAAUCACAGUAUGAGAGAGCACUUUAUGAUUUCUACAUGUCAUAAGUUGCUGGUUGGGAGAAAGAGAAUUUCUGUGAAGCCUCAUACAGUUUACUCUUUGCUGUGUCCUUUGGCAGUGGAGUAUACAAAAUAUCAUUCUCGUAGGUAUUUUGUAAGAGGUGUUGCAAUAGUUUUCAUUGCUGUGCUGCAGGUCAUUAGCACCUCCUUGGAUAGCCAGUCUGGUUCAGGCCUAUGUCAGCAUCAGUGAAAGGAAACAGUUACAUUAGGCAACAAAUGAUCAAAAUAGUCAGUUGGUUAAAAGCAAAUCAUUCAAUGUGUAACAGAACAAAAUGUUGAAGGGAGAUGCAGAUGUUUUUUUUUUUUUUUUCCAGGAUGAUUAAUCAUUAAAAACUACAGUAGAUUCCUAAUAGACAUCUGCAAGGUUUUUCUUCGUGAUCACAGUUUGAAACAGACUAGAAUACAAAUGAGUGAACAAUCUUUCAAAUAAGAUGUUUCAGAUCAGUAAUAGAAAUUUUUCAUGUGCCCCAUUCUCAAAAGGAAAUCUUUCACUGUGAAUCAGGUGCUAUAUCUUUUUAGCUCCGAGCAUUCACUUUAAAAGUAAAGAAGUUCUAAUUUAUAAAUAAGAAUUAUUUACAAGCUCAAACUUUUGAAGAAGGGCAAUUUAAUCAAUAAUCUGCCAUCUUUGGAGCUCAGUAUUCAUUACAUUAAAUUAAAGAGAAAAAGCCUAGCAGGAGAGGACCAUUUGAAUGUGAUAGGCUUCCAUCAAGUAAUUUUUCCCAUCAACUUAGUGUGUGAAGAGCAGCAGUCAAGGGACACGGUGUUAUCAAGGCUAGCACAGCAGGCAGCAAUUUAUGCUUGUCAAAGAAUGUGUGUGUGUGUGUGUGUGUAUACAUUCGUUGGUGUGUGCACGAGUACAUCUGUGAAUCAUUGAGUGAAUGAGUGAGAGAGAGAGAGUGCAGGAGACAAGUUGUACUGUGAUCCACACAUAAGCUACCUGCCAUGUAGUGAUUCUAGGUUUAUAACAAGCAAUAUCAUCUUCCAUGAAAAGAAUUAAUCAACUUUAAUGAGAUGUAAACAAGAAAGUUCGAGUUUCACAAGUGAAGACUUAAAUUCCUUCCCCAAGCAAGGCUGGGCAGUGAGUGGCCCGGCCUGUCAGUGCUCACAUCACCACCUUGGCUAGAAUGUUAGCAGACUGUUCACUUUUUUCAUAGUGACAUUACGACAUUUUCUUGAGCACAUUACUUUUACCAACAUGUGAAUACAGUUUAUUUCUCAUAACCACAACACAUUAUUGUUUCAUAUAUGGCAAAAUUACAAGUAAGACACAAGCAAGCUUAUUUUAAACAUAAUCAUAUGAAAUAACAUUAGUCUUAAUACCAUUUAAAAAGUACAGAAUUAUUGAUAUUAUGUGUUAGCACAACUCAAAUGUUAACCAAGAACAAUAUUCUAAGUGACCACUUGCUCUCUUCACUAACUUAAAACAUUCAGUUACUUUUCUGCUGUACUCUUCAUCAGUGAAUCCCACAAGAACACAGCUUCUUUUUGUGAAUAUGUUUUAUGAGUUUUGGGGAGAGCAGCCGCCCAGACACACAAGAGGAGAUGGGAGCAGUAAGCACACCACCAGCCUCUGUCACACCAUCAGACUAGAGGCCCUCCUCACCCCACCAGCUCACACUAACCCGAGCUGCCUGUAACGCUCUGUAGCUUUUCUUCUUGUUUUACAGCAUCAGUGUCAAUAUGGAAUCCCUGAAAACAUAUUACUACUACAAAGUAAUUUGGAUGAAACAUUUACAAAUCCUUUAGUUCAAGUACAUAUGAAUAAAUUGUUCUUUGCAUUACAGAGGUUGGUUGUGUGUUUCUAAAUACUGCUGUGAGGGGCUGCUCAUUCUGUCUGCUUGUUCCAUUAUUUCCCUGUAGCAACACCCUAAUUAAGAUGACAACCAUGAGUCUUUGUGUACUUUACCAAAGAUCAUCUCUAUAGUAAUGUAAAACCUUACAAUUAAGACUUUUCUUAUUAUCAAGUAGUGUAUUUGUGAUGGAUUAACAUGUAAAAAGUUACUCAUUCGUGACUUAUAGGCUAAGAUCCUCAAGUCCACAUUAGGUCAGUGUACAAGGAGUGUUUUGGUCCUGGUGUCGGAGGACGGCAGUGUGUGUGUGACAGCCGCGGACCAGCCAGGAGGCACAACACUCCUGUGUGUCUGAGUUGCUGGUGGACAUGAGGCUGCUGGCCUAUCCAUAUUGUCUGAUUGUACAGUUUCUGUGUGUAUGGUAUGAUUGUGAGGCAAUUUUUUAUGUUUUUGUAUAAAAUACAAUACCAUACGUUUUGAGCACACUCACAUGCUUUUUGUAUUGAACCAAUUACCAAAGAAAAUAAAACUAAAAAUGUAUAGAUGAAAUACUGUAAAACUCCCCAACAUAGAUUUUUAUGAAAAUGGGGUGAAAAAACAUUUGUGUACUAAUAAAAUGCUAAAAUGA